ACCAUAUUUCUGUGUUGGACAGCCGUGCUGCGAUUCUAAUGCAUCAGGCGAGAGUAGGGGACCGCGUUAGCGCUCUCGCCAAGCGGUGGCCGCACAUCAAAGCCUGCGAGCAGCACGUUUGCAGCUUCGGGGCGACGCCUGGAUCCUGCUUUCAUAAUAUUUUUUUUCGAGCUGGGCAAUUUUCGGAUUUGUUGAAUAAGGAGCAGAAUUACAUUGUGGGGCCUUUUGCUUUAUUAUAUGUUUAUAGGCAUAUUAGGAAAGCCCCGGUCUUGCUAUAAACCCUUGGUAGUCGAUCAUUUCCCGUUUCGUGGCUGUAAAAAUACGGUAAUAUUUACCAAAUAACGAUUAGAAAAGGAGAAAAGAUGGCUCGUCCCAGACCUCGGGAGUACAAAGCCGGUGAUCUGGUUUUUGCGAAAAUGAAAGGGUAUCCACACUGGCCAGCGAGGAUUGAUGAGCUCCCAGAAGGAGCGGUGAAGCCACCUGCCAACAAGUACCCCAUCUUCUUCUUCGGCACCCAUGAAACGGCAUUCCUGGGCCCCAAGGACCUUCUGCCGUACAAGGAAUACAAAGAUAAGUUUGGAAAGUCUAACAAGAGGAAAGGCUUCAAUGAAGGAUUGUGGGAAAUCGAGAACAACCCCGGAGUCAAGUUCACUGGCUACCAGGCCAUGCAGCCCCAGAGCUCUUCGGAGACAGAGGGCGAAGGUGGCAACGCGGCGGAUGGCAGCAGCGAGGGCGAGGAGGGUGACUCCGUGGAGGAAGACGGACAAGGAAAGCAGAAGGGUGACCGGGCCGGAGCCAAGCGGAAAAAGACCGCCUCCUCCAAGAAGUCAUCCAAGUUGUCAAGGAAGUCUUCGGGCGAAGAGGAAGAGGAGGUGGACCAGGAUGGGAAAGAGGACGGCCACAAGAGCAGCUCAGAGGGAGGAGACCCAAACAGCGACGUGCAGAGCGCUCCAGAGAGCAAGAAGGCCAGUCAAGGGGUAAACUCCCGACAAGUUUAAAUUGAAAAAGGAAAAAAAAAAAUCUAAGAACAUAUCUGAUAUACGUACAGGCGAGAAAACACCACAUUCGUCAUGAUUAAAUGUCAUAGCCGUCUAUCAGCGAGCGAAUCCUAAACCUCAGAUUGCAUUGUGAAGGUCCUGUAGCCUCCUGCCCCCCACCUUGCCCCUCGUGUCUCCCCGGCUGAGCUGCCACUCUGCCCCAUCUCCCAUCCAGCUUCCGCUUUCACGCUGCCGAGCAUCACUAGUAUAAAUGUGUGUCUCACCCCUGAUCGGCCGGGCCCCUCCGUGCUGUGUUUGGUUAAGUGCUUUGUCUGUUGCCUACCAGAUUAAACUUAGAGUUUUACUGUCCAUCAUUCUCCUUGGUGCCCAGCUUUAUGCUUCCAGGAGGUCAUUUUCACCCCGACCGCCCCGCGCUUUAACUGAGAUUUGAUCUUAGGUCAUAAUAAAACCAUAGGCUACCUGACGACAGGAAAUGGGAGAUCACUGUGUUCCCUCAGUGCCAUGGAGCAGCUGGGAAACAGAGGUUUACAGUGGAAAGGAUGUUGCCCCCAACGAAAACUGAAACGCAGAGUAGUGAAAAACACGCCUUUAACUCCCUCUCAGUCGAUGUCAGGAAUCAGCCUGCUCAAUAUUAAAACCGCCCUUUUUCAUUACACUUCUCAGAGAAAAAAAAAUACACAAUUAUAUAUAUAUAUAUCACAGGAAGUACCAAGGAAACCAGUUUAAAUUGUUGCGUAGCAGUGGUAAUUCUCAGAUAGUUUGUUGUAAAGAUGUUUUGUUUUGUGCGUUGUCUUGACAUUUAUCUAGACCGGUGGGUAUUAAAGCAUUUGCACGACGACUGAAAUACAAAAGUAACUCAAAGGCACUCAUAGAAUUACCUUUGAUAUUAUUACACUUAAAAUCAGAUAAUUGUACACUUGAUUGUUGCUGGAACAGCUGGACUUGGAAGGUGAAUGUUGUCUCGUUCAAAAGGGGAAUUCCACUGAUACCUGAGAACUUCUGUCCUGGGAAGGAAUCUAUUCUAGGCCCUCAUCAUAAUUUAGUUUUUAAUAAAUGCAGAAAAACAAAAGAAACCGCUGGAUCAUAGCCCAUAGUUCGUGGGAGAUUUACUUACACAAAGAUGUUCUGAGGGCAGAUGGAUGGAGAUGGAUCCAAACAAAUAGAGGAGGUGGGACCCACAACCCUCCUCCACAAUCUGAUUGGUUAUUUCUCUGAACCAAUCAUUUUUCCUUCUGCCCUCAGAACAUUUUUGUGUAAGUAAUAAAUAAUAAUAGUCAGGGGAAAGCCUCAUCUUUCGUCGUAAAUAUUAGGAUAUGAGGCUGUGAUUUUAAAAAGGUGAACGCAUUUGUUGAGAGAGAAGACAAAAAAAUUUUUUUAUGGUGAUCUUAAGACUAAGGUCAUCACAGGGGAAAAGCUCACAGACAAAGUACUCACAGACAGAUGAGAAAACAAACACUGCAGUGAUGGAGCAAGAGUUUCCUCAGGCCAGAAGCAAAGAGCCGGCUCUCUGUACAAGGUGUAAUGAAAUAGCCUUUGGAAGAAACAUCAUGUGGUUGUUACCAGAAUGAACUGGCUGCCAUUUUUCAUGGAAUUCCCCUUUAAGGAAGGAAGCGCGGUUAGGUACGGUGUUACUGGAGGCUGCCCAGUGUUCUAACCACAAACAGACCCCCCCCCCCCACCCGUACCUCUGCCCACUGAUCAGGCCUGUCACUGACACAUGGUACAGUGGAACUAUAUUUGUGAAUACCACAACACUAAGUUAUUUCAAAAUGGUUGGGUGUUUGAACACGAUAAAGUGAGAGGUUUAAAAAAAUAAUAUUACAUGAGAAAAACAAUUAUAAUGCAAGACUGUUUAAAUUGCUGCGUUUCCAUUCUUGUUUCAAUUAAAUAGAUAUUUUUUUCUUCAAAAUUUAUUGCUAUUUUAUGGAUACCGAUUUAGGAGUCUGUGCCUGGCUCUUUGUGUAGUAUCACGUAAAUUUUCAUCCCUAAGCCCACUGGAGACCAUACCCACAUUCCGCCUUCAUGUAACCAGAUGAAAUAUUAAAUUGAAAACGUAGAAUAAAUGUAUGAAGUAAUGUGCACAGUUACACAACAAUUCUACAUUAAGUUAAAUAUAUAUUUAUAUUUUGCUGUAGAAUGUAGCACCAAUAGUAUUCUACAAAGCUAUAGACAACUUCUCUUCUUUUUACGAAAAAAAAAACAAACGUGAAAACUUUCUGUAUGUGUGUAAAAUCAGCUAGAUUUCUUAGGGUUUAUAAUGGCAUGCGAGACCAUCACCACACACACACACACACACACACACAGGGUUGUCACGAGUGGCCACUAGAGCUGGGCGAUAUCUAAAAACAUAAUAUAUGAUAUUUUAAUUUAAAAAUAUCGGUAUAUAUGAUAAUAGAGUCAAAGACCCCCUCCCCCCCCCACAACCACAGAAGCAUGCAUGGUCAGUAGUUGCUUUAGAUCAAUAGUCACAGCUCUACAAUAAUAGUUAUUUUUUUACAUGCAGACAGAACGUGCAUAUCUGUUAGGUUCCUCGACAAUAAAACUUGCCAAGCGGGAUUUUGGGGUCCCCCACGAUAAAAUUUGCUGAGCUGAUGGGUAUAAAAUGUGUAUGGAAAAUAUGGGACAAUAAAAAAAAUACACGGUAUUUUACUUUUUAGUACCGGACCGUUUGCACAUCACAACAGACAAGCUUUUAAAAUGAAUUAAUAGCCUAGUUCAUCUAAACAUUGUCAGUGGUUAUCUCCACUUUUGGUUAUAUCCUGUGCAGGCCACCCCCUCCCUUAAAUGAAAGGAGCUGCAAAUCAGGAAUUCGUAGCUCAUUUAUCAGGGCAAUUUUCUUAUACUGAAAGGGAAUUUACAGUGGUAAGCGCUUGUCAAGUUUGACUAUUCACACAGGUUGGGAAGCUUCAGAUUCCCACGAGGAAGUUGCACUGAAACAGCUCAGAUUCUGGCUGCUGACUAGAAGAUAGAAGUUGAUGAUGUGACAAAGUUGAACACAGUAUUACGGCGAUGGGCAAUGCUUCUGAAAUGCUGUACUACAACAGCCAUGCUUCGGAAACACAGGCUAGGAAGCUGAAUGAAAGCCUUUAGUUGUCUUGCUGUGUGUGUAGCCUAAACCCAUUUCUCUGACUAAGAUGAUAAUCGGAAGUUAGUCACUGUCAGAUAUCGACACCGGGUUACUUGUCUGAUAGCGUCGAUUACCGACGGUAUCAUCAUAUUACCCAGUCCUAGUUACAAUGCCAUCAGUUAUGCCGCUUGUUCAUUCAUCUCCGCCACGGUGCCCCCUUCUGGUCCAGCUGUAGGACCCAUGAGAGUGCAGCGGAAUAGGUGACAGUUGAGCCCAAGCUGAAAGAAUUAGUGGAAGUGAUUGAGCGAAAGCUCUUCAGUACUGAACGGUGUUACGAAAAGCUUCCAUUAGCCUUUCAUGAAGUUCUUAUUCAGAAUGUGAUCGUAAUAAACAUAAUGAACCCCUUUAUUAAAUUCUGCUUUGUGGCAUUUUUACACAACAAAUAAAACAGUUUGGAUUGUAUUAAUCUGUAUUUAUGCUCCAGCAGCUGAUGGAGCAAAUUAUACCCAAUCUCCCUGCACCCAAACGGGGCUGUUAUGGGGGAACGUCUCUUCCAGGAUGUAACUCGCCUUCCCCGGAAGAGUCGCCAGAUUAAUAUAACUCUAAAUGUAUAAAUUAUUUUCCAAAAAAUAAAAAUACAACAGCUCUUGAUGAAUCUUUAACUCUAAAAUUUUUGUAAAAGUUGGCUAUACAUUUGGGUUUUAUAUCUUAUGUUCUACAAGUUUAGCAAGUAAAAUCCUAGAAUGCUAUAAGUGCUUUCUUUCAUACUCAGAUUAUAUUCAUAAUCUCUCAGCCAGUGGGUCACAGUUGGCAACCCUGAACACACCAUAUAACAGUUAUAUAAAUCCCAUGACGAUUGAACACAUCAUGUGACCAUUGUACAGAUCAUAUGACAUAAUAAUCCACUGUGCUUUUUUAAAAAAGGAUUCCAGCCCCCUGAUGUAUAUUCAUAUUGUAAAUGUACCACUGGGUUUCAGGACAGUGCAGAUCUCAUUGGUCAGUCCUGCAUAAGACCGCCCCUUAGAUAGGCCCCGCCCCUCCAUGGCCACGCUUAUUUAGAAAGGUAAAACAUUCCUUCACCACAGUAAAAUUGCCUUUUGCAUUUUAGUUUCUAAAAAAAAAAACAUUUAUUUUUCUGAUGUUGGUAAACAUGCUGUGGGAAAAUACAAAAAACUCAUUAACUCUUGAGUUUGAUUGCAUUUUAAUCUUUGUUAUGCUUGUAAUUGGAAUGUUUUACAUUUUCAAGGUUUGUAGUCAAAUGUCAAAUGUUUUUGCUGUUUAUGGAGAUAAAUUUUGCAAAAUAAAAUCAUUGGAAUGCA